AUGAAUGCGGUCGGAAGGCAACAUCAGAAAUCUAGUUCAAGUAAUCAACGUCAGUUCUCCUCCGACAACUUCAUCGAUUCAUCUUUCAACAACAAAUGGCUUCAAUCAGCCGGCCGCCAUCAUAAUCCUACGAUCCCCUCUUUGCAGGAUAAUAAUGGGGUAGGAUUGUAUUCAAGAUUUAGCAAUGGAAGAGACAACGAAUUGUUUUCUGAUCCUUCUUCUCCAUCUGUUGGUUCAAGAUCAUCCAGCAUGAGGAAGAAUCCAGGUGAUUUCAUCCCUGGAUUGCUCGAUCUCCAUUCCUUUGAUUCAGAGCUUUUAACCGAGGUUCCUCAAUAUUAUAAUGAAUCUUCCCUUUACCAGUCUGUUCAUGGUGUAACUUUUGAUUAUUCCGAGCCACAUGUUUCCAAAAGCUUCUCAUCUGAAAAAGAGAAACCCAACAAUGUUGCUAAGAUCAAAGUUGUGGUUCGUAAAAGACCAUUGAACAGAAAGGAAUCAGCGAGGAAGGAGGAAGACAUUAUAACCAUACAUUCAGACACUAAUUCACUCAAUGUGCAUGAAACUAAACUCAAGGUUGAUUUAACCGAGUACAUUGAGAAACAUGGAUUUGUUUUCGAUGCUGUUCUUAGUGAGGAUGUUUCAAAUGACAAACUCUAUGCAGAAACUGUACAACCUAUAGUUCCGAUUAUAUUCAACCGAACUAAAGCUACUUGCUUUGCAUAUGGACAAACAGGGAGUGGAAAGACAUAUACUAUGCAACCAUUGCCACUAAAAGCAUCCCAAGAUAUUUUAAGAUUGAUGCACUAUACUUACUGGAACCAAGGGUUUCAGUUGUUUGUCAGUUUUUUUGAAAUUUAUGGAGGAAAGUUGUUUGAUCUUCUUAAUGAUCGGAAAAAGUUAUGCAUGAGGGAGGAUGGGAAACAACAAGUUUGCAUUGUCGGAUUGCAAGAAUACAUUGUAUCGAAUGUUGAAGAAAUCAAGGAGCUUAUUGAGCGAGGAAAUGCCACGAGAAGUACAGGCACAACUGGUGCGAACGAGGAAUCCUCACGAUCACAUGCCAUACUUCAACUUGUUAUCAAGAAACAUGUUGAUGGAAGUGAUUCUAAAAAACCUCCUAGAGUUGUUGGCAAGUUGUCGUUUAUUGAUCUUGCUGGAAGUGAACGAGGUGCAGACACUACAGAUAAUGAUAAACAAACAAGGAUGGAGGGUGCUGAAAUAAACAAAAGCUUACUUGCUCUAAAAGAAUGCAUUAGAGCUCUGGACAAUGAUCAAGGACAUAUUCCAUUUCGGGGGAGCAAACUAACCGAGGUUCUUAGAGAUUCGUUUGUUGGCAAUUCACGUACAGUUAUGAUAUCCUGCAUUUCUCCCAGUUCUGGAUCAUGUGAACACACUUUAAACACUCUAAGAUAUGCUGAUAGAGUCAAAAGUCUAUCAAAAGGGAACAACUCCAAGAAAGAUUUAUCCUCAGUAAAUGUUAGAAGCUCUGUCACAUUGCCGUUAUCUUCAGCCUCAGAGGAUAAUACAAGUACCACGUUUGGAUGGUCAAGACAGAUGGAACCGUCUUUAAAUGUUGAUCGUGCUCAUAGUGGAAUGACUCGUAGUAAUUUUUCCUCGUCUUUAAUAAGAAGCGAUAAUGUGGAAGUAAAUGAGGAUGAUUAUCGUUACUCGGAGCAUGAUUUUCCAAAACGGAGAGAUUUGGCCGAGAGUAAUAAAUUUGAUAACUUACCGGCAGCUGGUGAUGAUGAUGAUCUCAAUGCGUUGCUAAAGGAAGAAGAAGAUUUGGUGUCUGCUCAUAGAAAACAAGUAGAGGAGACGAUGGACAGUGUUAAGGAGGAGAUGAACCUACUGGUUAAUGUCGACCAACCGGGCAAUCACUUAGAAGAUUACAUGUCUAAAUUGAACACCAUUCUUUCCCAGAAGCUUGCAACAAUUUUUCAGCUACAAACCCGUUUGUAUCAGUUUCAGCGACAUCUGAAAGAGUACAAUGUUGUCUGACAAGUUCUUCAGGUCAGUGAGUUUUAUUAUUUUUUCCAUCACAAAUCUAUUAAUGUUUGUAUCAUGUUUUUGUGCUAUUUUUAUGUUGUUGUACUAAUUAAUUUGAUCUUUAUGGUCAUUGUAAGUUUCAAGCCUAUUGAUUUUGUAUCAUAAUCCUAUGUUGUAUUACCUAGGAAUGAACUGUAAUCUGUUUUGAGUUAUAAUGGGAGAAAUAAAAAAAUACCCAUUUCUUAA